CGCCGCCGCCCUCAGCCUCCCCGCCCCCCGCCCUUCCACCAUGGCCGCCCGUGUGUGGUGUGGGGAGAAGCUGGUCCUCCGUGUCGCCCUGUAGCGCGCACUGCCUCACCCUCACCCCGGGGGGCCGGAUCCAAAGGGACCUCGGGGCCCCAGCCAGGAAGGGCUCCCACCCCUACCUCAGGGGCAGGACUCCCGAGGCAGACACUUAGGGGCUCCUGUGCCUGUCGGGGUGCGAGACCGAGAGGGCUCCGUCCGUCCCGCGGGGCGGAAGGCUGCCCUGCGCGCCUCCGAGAGGCAGACCCUCAGCCAGCGCCCCGGGCGGCAGCGCCCCUGCAGGCACAGGACCCAGAGGGGGUCCUCGGCGCGGGGACCCCUGCCCGGCCCCGCUCGGAGCGCCGGCCCCCGGGCCUCCUCCCGUCUGGUGGCCGCAGCCAUGGAGUUACAGAAGGGAAAGGGGGCAGCAGCAGCAGCUGCUUCGGGAGCAGCGGGAGGUGGAGGAGGAGCGGGAGCAGGAGCCCCAGGAGGGGGGAGGCUGCUACUUUCCACCAGUUUGGAUGCCAAGGAUGAGUUAGAGGAGAGAUUAGAAAGAUGCAUGAGCAUUGUGACAUCGAUGACUACUGGUGUCUCAGAGAGGGAGGCCAAUGAUGCCCUCAAUGCUCACGUAUGCAAAGGCCCCCCACAGCAUGAGGAAAUCUGCCUGGGCCUCUUCACCCUCGUCCUCACUGAACCUGCCCAAGCUCAAAAGUGUUACCGGGACUUGGCUCUGGUGAGUCGUGAUGGCAUGAAUAUCGUCCUGAAUAAGAUCAACCAGAUACUCAUGGAGAAGUACCUGAAGUUGCAGGAUACCUGCCGUACUCAGUUGGUGUGGUUGGUACGGGAACUAGUGAAGAGUGGGGUUCUGGGAGCCGAUGGUGUGUGCAUGACAUUCAUGAAGCAGAUUGCCGGUGGAGAUGUUACUGCAAAAAAUAUCUGGUUGGCAGAGAGUGUCCUGGAUAUCUUGACAGAACAGAGGGAGUGGGUGCUGAAGAGCAGCAUCCUCAUUGCCAUGGCUGUUUACACAUACCUCCGUCUCAUCGUCGACCACCACGGGACUGCCCAGCUCCAGGCCCUGCGGCAGAAGGAAGUAGACUUUUGCAUGUCACUGCUUCGGGAACGGUUCAUGGAAUGUUUGAUGAUUGGCCGGGACCUCGUACGACUACUUCAGAAUGUUGCUAGGAUACCAGAAUUUGAACUGCUUUGGAAAGAUAUUAUCCAUAACCCUCAGGCUUUAAGUCCUCAGUUCACAGGUAUCCUGCAGCUUCUUCAGUCAAGAACAUCCCGAAAAUUCCUAGCAUGUCGUCUGACCCCUGACAUGGAGACUAAGCUCCUCUUCAUGACCUCUCGGGUGCGGUUUGGUCAACAGAAGCGUUACCAGGACUGGUUCCAGCGCCAGUACCUGUCCACCCCAGACAGUCAAUCUCUGCGCUGUGACCUCAUCCGCUACAUCUGUGGGGUUGUUCACCCUUCUAACGAAGUGCUGAGUUCCGAUAUCUUGCCCCGAUGGGCCAUCAUCGGUUGGCUCCUGACAACGUGCACGUCCAAUGUCGCUGCCUCCAAUGCAAAGCUGGCCUUGUUUUACGACUGGCUGUUCUUUAGCCCAGACAAGGAUAGCAUCAUGAACAUAGAACCAGCUAUCCUGGUCAUGCACCACUCCAUGAAGCCACACCCAGCUAUCACCGCCACACUCCUGGACUUCAUGUGCCGUAUCAUUCCCAACUUCUAUCCACCAUUGGAGGGCCAUGUGCGACAGGGUGUGUUCUCCUCCCUCAACCACAUUGUGGAGAAACGGGUCUUGGCGCAUUUGGCUCCUCUGUUUGACAAUCCUAAAUUGGAUAAGGAGCUGCGGGCAAUGCUGAGGGAGAAGUUUCCUGAGUUCUGUAGUUCGCCCAGCCCACCCGUGGAAGUCAAACUUGAGGAACCGGUUUCUGUGGAGAUGGAUAACCACAUGUCCGACAAGGAUGAGGGUUGCUACGACAACGCAGAGGCAGCCUUCAGUGACGAUGAGGAAGACCUGGGCAGCAGAGGAAAGAAGAGGGAGUUUCGCUUCCACCCUAUCAAGGAGACAGUUGUGGAGGAGCCGGUUGAUAUCACCCCUUACCUUGACCAACUGGAUGAGUCCCUCAGGGACAAAGUGCUCCAGCUCCAGAAGGGGAGUGACACUGAGGCCCAGUGUGAGGUCAUGCAGGAAAUCGUGGACCAGGUCCUAGAGGAAGACUUUGACUCCGAGCAACUGUCCGUCCUUGCUUCCUGCCUGCAGGAGCUCUUCAAGGCACACUUUCGAGGGGAGGUGUUACCAGAGGAGAUCACUGAGGAGUCCCUGGAGGAGUCUGUGGGGAAGCCUCUCUACCUAAUAUUUAGGAACCUGUGCCAGAUGCAGGAAGACAACAGCAGCUUCUCUCUGCUUCUGGAUCUUCUCUCUGAGCUUUAUCAGAAACAGCCCAAGAUUGGCUACCACCUGCUGUACUAUCUGAGGGCCAGCAAAGCCGCUGCUGGGAAGAUGAACCUGUACGAGUCAUUUGCCCAGGCCACACAGCUGGGUGAUCUGCACACCUGCUUAAUGAUGGACAUGAAGGCCUGCCAAGAGGAUGACGUGCGACUGCUGUGCCACCUAACACCCUCCAUCUACACGGAGUUUCCAGAUGAGACUUUGCGGAGUGGUGAGCUGCUGAACAUGAUCGUGGCUGUUAUCGACUCUGCACAGCUCCAGGAGUUGGUCUGCCACGUGAUGAUGGGGAACCUGGUUAUGUUUCGAAAGGACUCUGUCCUCAACAUACUCAUCCAGAGCCUGGACUGGGAGACCUUUGAGCAGUACUGUGCCUGGCAGCUCUUUCUGGCCCACAACAUCCCCCUGGAGACCAUAAUCCCCAUCCUGCAGCAUCUCAAAUACAAAGAGCAUCCGGAGGCCCUGUCCUGCCUGCUGCUUCAGCUCCGAAGAGAGAAGCCGAGUGAGGAGAUGGUGAAGAUGGUAUUGAGCAGACCCUGCCACCCCGACGACCAGUUCACCACCAGCAUCCUGAGGCACUGGUGCAUGAAGCAUGAUGAGCUGCUGGCUGAGCACAUCAAGUCCCUGCUCAUCAAGAACAACAGCCUCCCCCGCAAGAGGCAGAGCCUGAGGAGCUCCAGCAGCAAGCUGGCCCAGCUGACUCUGGAGCAGAUCCUCGAGCACUUGGACAACCUGCGUCUCAACCUGACCAACACCAAACAGAACUUUUUUAGCCAGACUCCGAUUCUCCAGGCCCUGCAGCACGUCCAGGCUAGCUGUGAUGAGGCCCACAAGAUGAAGUUCAGCGAUCUCUUUUCUCUGGCUGAGGAAUAUGAGGACUCAUCCACCAAGCCACCCAAGAGCCGGAGGAAAGCAGCUCUGUCCAGCCCCCGCAGUCGGAAGAAUGCCACCCAGCCCCCCAAUGCCGAGGAAGAGUCAGGCUCUAGCAGUGCCUCGGAGGAAGAAGACACAAAACCGAAGCCCACCAAGCGGAAACGGAAAGGCUCCUCUGCAGUGGGGUCUGACAGUGACUGAAGCCCCGAUUUCCCCAUCCCACCCCCAGUUGGACUGCCCUCCCCUCCUUGGUGAAUCAGAGGUUAAUGAGGGCUGGGGAGAUAGUGGGUAAAUACCCUCUGCCCCUGCCCAAGGCUCACUGGUGGGAGGGAUGAGCUUCUUCCUUGGCUCAGCCUGAGAAGCUGCCAUGCAGCCCCAGUCCCCUCCUGUCCAGGGACCCCCCAGCCCCAUCACACUGCUGCUCCCACCAACUCGGGUCCCACUGAAGCUAGUAGAGGCUGUGUGAGAUCUGGGCUGGUGCAGGUCCUCAGCCCCUGCCCCUCCUGCCCCUCCCAAAGAGAAGAGGAAUGGCAGAUGGAGCUGCUGGUUAGAGAGGAUGGGAGAGAAGACUGUGGACACCCCUUCCCAUGUUCACCAUCUCGCCUUGAUUUGCUCUCCAUCUUCCAGUGUGAGAUGGGCAUUUCUUCAGCGACGUGGUGCAACUGCCCUUUCCUGGGCACGGGAUGAGGGGAGAGGGAGGCUGGAGCCCCACCCCCCAGGCCACAGAACUAUCAGAUGGUCCUGCUUCCUUGGUUCUGUCUUUUUUGUUUUGGUUUUGUUUUUUGGCAGAGAUAAUCGCAUUUUAAAAGUUUUUAAAUGACAAUAAAACAUGCCAGAAUUGGCCCAUCUGCACUUCCUGGUGCACUCAGGUGGCCUUGGAACUUACUCUUGUCCUCCCUGCACACCCCCUUGUCUGGGACAGGAGGGGCUCUGGCUUCGCUGCCCCCCACCUGACCGGCCUUCCUGCUGUCCUUGGGGCCUUGGGCCAGGCACUGACCUGUGCAGGCACCCAUUUCCCUUUAAUUGAACUCUCUUCCUCCCCAUUCCUCUGAAGAAACUAGAGGCCUCCAACAAAAGUGAGUAUGUAGUCCAUUUUAGGUCUGUGUGCUUACCACCUACUGGAGGACUGCUAGUGCGUCAAGGAUGCCCCCAUCUCGGAUUCUGAAGGAUGGAAGUGGGCCUGGUGGGGACAGUGGAGUUACCAGCGACAAGGACCUUCCUCGUUGCUGUCUGGCCACUUGCCGUCCCCUGGGCUACCCCGGAGGCUGGGUGGUGCCCUCGGGACUGGGGAGGCGGCCUGCGACCUACGACCUACGACCCUUCUCUGGAGGCUUCUUCCUCUCCCCUUCCCGCCCCCUCUGCCCCAAUUAAAACCAGAAUGGAAAGCA